AUGUCGUGGGGCUACCGUCAGGGGGGAUGGGUAAACUUUGAAGAUGGAGACCGAGAGCGUGGCCUGGAGCUUUUCGAGUCGAGGGACGUACGUCAUACAUCGCUACAAGCCACCGCCGUCCGCAUCAUCUCCGCCUACGGGUGCUGCAGCGACAGCGGUGGCGAGCUCUUCCUCCAGCGCAGCCGCAGAUCGGGUUGCUGCUGCCUGGGUGUCCUCCUAUCCAGAGUUGAUAUCAACCUGAGUGCUGACGUGUUCGACAUCGUGCACGACGCCCAGGUGUGCAUGGGCGGGGUGUCAUGUGUAAUGUGA